UCGGGUGGCCCUUCCCCGAGACCCCGGAUCAGAGGUCUCCCAGCACGGACGGGACCAACCUUCAGUAGGAACCAGAUUCAUCAUGAUUGAAGACAACAAGGAGAACAAAGAGAACAAAGACCAUUCCUCCGAAAGGGGGAGAGUGACUCUCAUCUUUUCCUUGAAGAAUGAAGUCGGAGGACUCAUAAAAGUGCUGAAAAUCUUCCAGGAGAAUCACGUGAACCUGUUACAUAUUGAGUCUCGGAAAUCAAAGCACAGAAAUUCAGAAUUUGAGAUAUUUGUUGACUGCGACAUCAACCGAGAACAGCUGAAUGACAUCUUUCCCCUGCUGAAGUCCCUCACCACUGUCCUCUCUGUGGACUCGCCUGAUCAGCUCACUAUGAAGGAAGAUGUUAUGGAGACUGUCCCUUGGUUUCCAAAGAAGAUUUCUGACCUGGACUUCUGUGCCAACAGAGUGCUGUUGUACGGAUCCGAACUCGACGCGGACCACCCUGGCUUCAAGGACAAUGUCUACCGUAGAAGACGAAAGUAUUUCGCAGAGUUGGCUAUGAACUACAAACAUGGAGACCCCAUUCCCAGGAUUGAAUUCACGGAAGAAGAGAUUAAGACCUGGGGGACCAUCUUCCGAGAGCUAACCAAACUCUACCCAACCCACGCCUGCAGGGAGUACCUCAGAAACCUUCCCUUACUCUCAAAAUACUGUGGCUAUCGGGAAGACAACAUCCCGCAACUGGAAGAUGUCUCCAAUUUUUUAAAAGAACGCACAGGGUUUUCCAUCCGUCCUGUGGCUGGUUACCUCUCACCGAGAGAUUUCCUGUCAGGGUUAGCCUUUCGAGUCUUUCACUGCACUCAGUAUGUGAGACACGGUUCAGAUCCUCUCUAUACUCCAGAGCCAGACACCUGCCAUGAACUCUUAGGCCACGUUCCUCUCUUGGCUGAACCCAGUUUUGCUCAAUUCUCUCAAGAAAUUGGCCUGGCUUCCCUUGGAGCUUCAGAGGAGACUGUUCAAAAACUGGCAACGUGCUACUUUUUCACUGUGGAGUUUGGGCUGUGCAAACAAGAUGGGCAGCUGAGAGUGUUUGGAGCUGGCUUGCUUUCUUCCAUCAGUGAACUCAAACAUGCACUUUCUGGACACGCCAAAGUUAAGCCCUUUGAUCCCAAGGUUGCCUGCAAACAGGAAUGUCUCAUCACAAGCUUCCAGGAUGUCUAUUUUGUAUCUGAGAGCUUUGAAGAUGCAAAGGAGAAGAUGAGAGAAUUUUCCAAGACUGUGAAGCGCCCGUUUGGAGUGAAGUACAGUCCGUACACACAGAGCAUUCAGGUUCUCAGAGAUACCAAGAGCAUAACUAGCGCCAUGAAUGAGUUGCGGUAUGACCUCGAUGUCAUCAGUGAUGCCCUCGCUAGGGUCAGCAGGUGGCCCAGUGUGUGAUGGUUUCCAGUGCAAACCCAGAGAGCCUUUGAGCAUCAGUCCAGAGCCAGGGCCAGUUCUUGCUUCCCCUGAAGACCUGCUUGGGGAGGGACAGCAGCUCCCAGCUUAGCAAUGUCUCUCGCCUCUCUUUGUAUCCAAUCACUCACUGUCUCUGAAAAUACACACCUGGCACUGCUUGUCUUCUACUUCUGUUUUGUCUUCUGGUACCUGCGUAGGGAAAUAUAGUUAACAUGCCACAUAAUGCACAGGACACACAUUUAAAAUAUUUUAUUUCAUUAAAAUAUAAUUGAAUCAUUCUCCCCCUUCCCUUUCUUCCCUCCAAGCCCCUCCCUCUCAAAUUCAUGGCCUUUCUACUGAAUGAUCAUUUUUGAUGGGUGAGUUGUCUGGCGCUGGCCAGAGCUGGACUCAUCUUGAUGCUGUUAUCCCUAGUCCAUCAUUAGCGGAUAGCCAUGAUGAGUGUAUUUGUUACCUAUCACUGACUUUGUGACAGCCCAGGCAUAGUCACACUAGACUUCAAGGAGACUCACUGAAACAGAAGUGCAGAUGGCUUUGCUCUAGAGCAUGGCUAGUAAAGAGCACAGUAAACUGCACUUGAAAAACUGGUUUCAAGUGCAGUGUCAGACAGGGACAUAGACACCACCACGACCAGCCAGGCAUGAGGAUGCCUACAAUUCCAGUGUUUCCUGGCACUUUGUUUUAAGGUGUCACACUAGGACAUAAUGAAAAGGUGUGUGAGUUGGGGGGCAGAGGGUAGGAAAUGGGGAUGGGAAUGGAGAAGGGCCAAGGAGAGCAGUUUGUAUCUGACAUUGUAAUUAUGUGAAGGCUGUAAGGAUUGGAGGACACAUGGUGUCAGCGGUGUAGCAUUGGCAUAAGCAGUUAUAUAAGCUUUUCAUUACUGUAACAAGGUGUCAGAGACAAUUGGUUUAUAAAGAGGAAAGGUUUAUCUUAGAUGCUUUGAUCCAUUAGAAGUUGUUCCUGUGAUUUUAGCCAGUGGUGAAACACGGGAUGAUGGGAGAAUGUGGCAGAGCAAACUUCAUAAAGCUAUAAACUUCAUAAAGGAUGUAAAAGAGGAAGAGUGAAGGAUUUAGAGAAGGAAGAAGGGAGAGAGGGAAAGAGAGGGAGGAGGACACCACACACACACACACACACACACACACACACACACACACACACAAAGGGAGACAGAGAGUCAGAGUCGGAGAGAGAAAGAUCCUACAGUGCAGUUUAAGAGUUUACUACCAGGGUAAGAGAGAGAGGGCGUAGCAGUUAAGAGUACUAGCUGCUCUUCCAGAGGACCCUGGUUUGAUUCCUAACAUCCACACUG